ACAGAGCGCUUCCGGGGGCAGCGGAAGCCGCCGCGGCGAGGGGCAGCGCUGGCUGGGAGCCGGUGGGUGCUGCCGUGGUCACCGCCAGUGCCCGGCCGGCUCAGCCCGCUUGUGCCGAGCAGCAGCACCGGCAACCGGGAAGUGAAGUCCGCGGGUGAGCUGCUUGCCUUUCCCGGUUAGUGCUGCAGCCCCCUGCAGGCAGCUCGCCCGCAGCCUGGCGUGAGCUGAGGCUGCCACUCGUUAGUGGUUAAGGAUAGGGUUUUCUCCCACGUGGGAGGAAUUGGCCGUUUAUCAGCUGCGUACAGCUGUUUAUCCCGUCAGGAGAGGAUCCUGAACGGGAGCCAUCUCCGCUUCCAGAUUUUGAACUAGAAAUUGUUCUUAUGACAGUUACUCCAACUUUAGGAUUUUAUUUUAUAGAGUUACCUGAAGCUAAAUAUCCUGUAGCGGGCAAAUAAGGAUUGAUUUGAAGGGCCUUGAUAAAGCAAAUAUGAUUCCUCUCAUACAACGAUGCUGCUUCCACACACCUUUCAAACUCCAGAACUUAACUGCUCCGAGACUACUGCUUUAUGGAAAGAAUAAGACAGCUUGCUCUUCUCUUGGCCUCCGGCUGCAGAGAAAUGUGUGUCCUCUCUCAAGAUCUCCACACCUCAAUGUAGCAUCGAUAUAUGCAACCAAGCUUCAGGCUCUUCACACCUCUCUCCCGUUCUUCAAGAAGAAAACCCCCAAAGAAGCUGAGGCCAAAGCUGGUGUCUUGAAACGAAGUAUGGAAUCAUUAAAGGAUUCUCCCAAGCCAGCCCUCUACUUAAGCCUCGCAGGGCUGAUUCCUUUUGUUUCUAUACCACUGUCAAUGGCUAUCCAAGGGACCUACUACCCAGAGCUGGCAUCUGCUCAGAUCAUGUAUGGUGCUGUGACAGUCUCUUUCCUAGGAGGGAUGAGAUGGGGGUUUGCUCUCCCAGAAAACAGCCCGGCCAAGCCAGACUGGCUGAACCUGGCUAACAGUACUAUUCCUCCUCUAUUUGCCUGUCAAGCCUUGCUCUUUAAAGAUGUCACUCAAGGUGCAGUGAUGCUAGUAAUGGCGUUGGGGAUAGCACUGCAUUAUGAUGUUUCCCUUCUUCCUACUUAUCCUAGAUGGUUUAAAGUGCUGAGGGUAGUGGGAACACUGGUGAUGGUAUUCUCACUGUUAGCUACUGCAGCACUGAAGGCUAUUUCAGAGCUAGAGCAAAGUAACAGCAGGAAUGAAUGGCAGAACACAAAAUAAUAGAUCAUCAGGAAAAAAAGCUAUUUAUCUGCCAGUAGGGGAUUUGUAUUGAGUUCCAGAAGAAGUAAAGACUUGUGCUUGGAAGUUGUAAGAUGGCAGGGAUCAUGAUGCUUAUUCAUGAAACAAAUAACUUAGCUAGUUUAGGAGGAAAGGAUUGUAAAUAGCAAUGUUUUCCAAGGCAGGCAUGAGUCUGUCCUUAUUUGUAGAACAAAGUAUCACUCUUGAGUGAGAUGCUACUGAAAUUAAAAUGGAGAUUCAAAUGACAUGGGUAUGAAUUGCUCUAUGCUGAAUCAUUAAAGUAUCUGGUGUAACUGUAA